AUGAUAUUUUUGCUAUUUGCUUUGUGUUUUUCACACCCUCUUGGAACAUUAAUUUUUCAUAAAAAUUCAGCUGAACUUUCUUUUGAUGAUACAUAUUAUGUUAAAGAUUAUACAAUUAUGGCCGGUGCUCUAAAGGCUAAUGCUGAACAGUUUAUUUCAAUACAUAGAGAUACAAGUCAAGUCGGUCAAAGAGAUAGUUUACAUGUAUCACUUGAUAAAAUUAAGCAACCUGAAAGUAAUAAAGAAUAUUCUAUACGAGUUACUAUCUUUAAAAAUGGAAAAGAUGAAUAUUAUUAUUCUGAAUCUUUUAGAUAUCAUAUCAAACAAAAAAAAUGGGUUCUCAGUCGAGCUUAUGAAUCCGAUCCAUGGUACAUUGAAAGAUUGUGGUAUAUUAUUGGUUGCUCAGUUCUAUUGGGUUGUGGACUUAUUUUGUAUAUUGUUUUGAGAAAUAGGAAAAAUACUGAGUUAGAACAGUUUUAA